ACAGAGUUGAGAUAUUGCGGGGAUCGGGCAAAACUGUGAUCCGCGAUGUCACCUCCGAUCGGUUGGGUCACGUAGUGCGGAUUUUUGAUUUGAUGACGUUAUUCUUCCCAUGGAGUCAGCAUGGCGAAACUUCCGAACCGGUCCAGCGAUCGACUCUCGUGCACUACGCGACCGUUCAGCGGUUCCUGCGACGAAACCGCAGCAGGAUUUCUCACCUGCGACGCGACCGCGCCGUCGCCCUCGGACUUCUUCUGUCAACUCCUCAAAGACAACUUCUAUGGAUGCGUCGAGUGCGUCCGAAACUAUUCGGUGCAAGUGCUCUUCCACUCGGUUAAGGAGAACCUGGCUAACUUCACGUUGAGGAUGUCUGAGUGCGGAGGCAACGUCACGUGCCGGCAGCCCUUGUACCUCACCUUCGAAGAAGAUCAGCACCAACAUAACUGGAGUUUCCUGUUGGCGGUAGUGUUUAUAAUAGCCGGUUGCCUCGGCAACGUACUAGUGUGUCUGGCGGUGUUGCUCGACAGGCGCCUCCAAAACGUCACCAACUAUUUUUUGCUCAGCUUGGCCAUCGCCGACCUGCUAGUCAGUUUGAUCGUGAUGCCUUUGGGCGCGAUUCCCGGAUUUUUCGGUGAGUGGCGUUUGGGACUGAUCUGGUGUCACGUCUACGCGACCUGCGACACUCUGGCAUGUUCGGCCUCCAUCAUCCACAUGAGCUUCAUCAGUCUGGGCCGAUAUGUGGGCAUCCGGCAUCCUCUCAAGACCCGUCACGCUACCACCACCAGAACGAUCGUCAUGAAAAUCAUGAUGGCCUGGCUCCUUUCGAUGGGAGUGUCCAGCUCGAUCACAGUGCUAGGGAUCGUGGAUCAGAGGAACAUAAUGCCGGAACCGAACAAGUGCGUCAUCAACAAUCGCAAAUUCUUCAUAUUCGGCAGCCUGGUGGCUUUUUACAUUCCAAUGCUGGUGAUGUUGAUCAGCUUCGCGCUGACCGUCCAACUGCUGCGGAAUAGAGCUCGCUUCGCAGCAGACCACGUCGAGAGUGACCAGUUCCGAAGGUUAGGGGGUCGGUUCUGCAGCAAGUCCCCUUUCGUUGAAGGCGCUCCCCUCAGGACUGUUUCCGGUACGGACAGGCCGUCGUCGCGCCAAUUGCAGAACUCAACGGCCAACGGCAACAUAUCGAGAGGCUAUACCACGAAUCGGGGAACUCAGACCCCCGAAAGUAUCGCUCUAGAGACCAGAAGUUGGCGUCUGAACACGUUAAGGGUGCAUUUUAACCAAGCCGCAGCCAGCUUACCGAGCUUUAGAUUACUGGCGGGCAAAGUGAAGAGAAAGACCUCCUCGUCGAACUCACUAGCCGCAGAACAAAAGGCCUCGAAAGUUCUCGGUCUCGUGUUUUUCACGUUCGUCCUUUGUUGGUCCCCGUUUUUCAUCCUCAACAUCAUAUUCGCAGCGUGUCCAGAUUGCGACGUGCCUCAGCAUGUCGUCACGACCUUCCUCUGGCUUGGAUACGUCAGUUCGACGAUAAAUCCAGUCAUAUACACCGUGUUCAAUAGAACUUUCAGGACGGCUUUCGGCAGACUCUUGCUUUGCAGGUGCCGCCGCUAUGGCAGGCUUCGCAGGACCCACAACGUUUCGUUUUCCACCGCCUGAGCGGGUAAAUCGAAUUCCCGAACUUUCGGGAAAAUGCGCACGAGCCGGCAACGCCGCUUCGCGCGGUAGCCGAUAUCGGUGAAACGGCAACGCCUACGGAUAAAACUUCGGGCCGAAAGUUGCUCGUAUUGACUUAGACAUCGUAAGGAAAUGGUUUUUAUAUGUACAGGGUGUUUGGAACGCCUUCUCAAGUAGCACAAACGCAUUGAACAUUUUUAUAUAUUUUACUAUAUAACAACUUUAAAUAUGACCUUUAAUAUGGCGCUUAUAAACAUGGAAAAGGCGCAAGUUUAUAAAACAGUUGUACCCAAUAGGUGUUAUACAAGGUGUUCGGAAAUUGAGUUUGUAAACUUGGAGGAAAGAUUCGUUAUCGUUUGGCCACAAAUAAAAAUUUUAUUUUAUUCUCGGCCCUAAUAAACAGCACUUCUAAUUUACGGAAAGGUGAUAGUGGAUAUCGGGAUAUGCAUUUCUGUUAAGAAAAUGCAAGUGGAAAUGCAGGCCAGCAUUAUUAGCGUAUAGGCGACGUGCAUUAAAUUUUUCAAAACAGCAUUCUACAAAUUAAAAAAGUGAAAAGAACAGUAUAAGUCAAUGCAAUAACAUGUUUAACUUAAGUAAUAUAAAUACAUUUAACGAAAAUAAAAAAUCACUAAUAAAAAUCGAGAAGUAGUGUACGACGCUAAUUACUAUGUUCGUUUCUUAUAAUUUUCUUAUAGAUUUUAACAAAUGCUCUCGAUUUUAUUUUUUUUUAGUUUAUUAUUUUUUGUCGCAGAUCAUUGAUAUCUGUUAUAAGUACACUAAAGACUUUAAGUGCCCUCAAAAAAGAAGUCAAUCGGAUUAAGGUCUAAUGAGCGAGGCGGCCAAGCUUGGGGUCCGCUCCGACGUAUCAAAUGACUGAUUUAAAUAACUUCGUGCAGCCAAUAUGGAGCGCCAUCUUGCAUUAACCACUGGUUACUUUCGAAAAUCGAUGAAACCGAAUUUUCGAAAGUAUCUGUGCUGGUAUAAGAAUUUUAUAUAAGUCCUACAGGAUCGCCGUUGCUACAGAAAUGAUCAACGUCGAAAAAAAAUUUUUUUUUUGUAUGUCCGUUCUCCGUUCUUGUCUUUUGGAUUUUCCUGAAUAACUUUCGAAUCGUUGGAGCUACAAAAUUGAAACUUGCCUCCUUUUUAACCCUCAACGAGGCACAUAAGCUUGUAAAAAAUGGCCUUGAUCCGAAGCUGGUAUCCACCUUUUUUUCGCGAUUUUCGACUAUUUUUGGACCUUGCUAUGAAACACGAUAAGUGUCCGAAAUUUGAAGCGAUCGACUUUAUAUUUGGCACAUAAAUGCAUCUUUGCCCCUUGACAAAACCUAUUGAAAAAGGGGGUUGCUGGGGGGUCGGGAAGUAUUCUAAAAAUAUAAAAAAUCGCGCAUGUAAGGGUCUACAAAAAAUAUCAUUUUUUCAAAAACCGUUUACGUGACCAAAAAGAUUCUAUAAACUUUUAUUCUCGACAAUUUUUCUAAAAUAUACAGGGACGCAAAUCAAAAAUCGUAAAAAAUACGACUAAUUGGUUCAAACGGUGUCAUAGGCCGCAUCAAGAGCUACAAUUUUUGUAUUUGCGGUUUUUGAAAAAUAAAGAAACGUAAAGUAAGUAACAAUAAAGCAAUUAUAUAAGUAUUUAGUGCUACUUGGGUUGUUUACCAAGCCACACACAUACUAGCGGGUAUUUGUGAUCCGAAGUUUCGCUUGUAAUUUUGUGAA